AUGACUUCCAGUGAGAUCGAGAUGCCCGGCGAGGUGAAGGCCGACCCCGCCGCCCUCAUGGCGUCCCUGCACCUCCUGCCGUCGCCCACGCCCAACCUCGAGAUCAAGUACACCAAGAUUUUUAUUAACAACGAGUGGCAGAACUCAGAGAGUGGGAGAGUGUUCCCCGUCUACAAUCCAGCCACAGGAGAGCAAGUGUGUGAAGUUCAGGAAGCAGACAAGGCAGACAUAGACAAAGCAGUGCAGGCAGCCCGCCUGGCUUUCUCUCUGGGUUCAGUGUGGAGAAGGAUGGAUGCUUCAGAAAGAGGCCGUCUGUUGGAUAAGCUUGCAGACUUGGUGGAACGAGAUAGGGCAGUCCUUGCAACCAUGGAAUCCCUCAAUGGUGGCAAACCGUUCCUGCAAGCAUUUUAUGUCGAUUUGCAAGGAGUCAUCAAAACUCUUCGGUACUAUGCAGGCUGGGCGGAUAAAAUUCACGGGAUGACCAUUCCUGUAGAUGGAGACUAUUUUACCUUUACAAGACAUGAACCCAUUGGCGUGUGUGGACAGAUCAUCCCGUGGAACUUCCCCCUGCUGAUGUUUGCCUGGAAAAUUGCUCCAGCUCUGUGCUGUGGCAAUACAGUAGUUAUUAAACCAGCAGAACAAACACCACUCAGCGCACUCUACAUGGGAGCCCUCAUCAAGGAGGCUGGCUUUCCACCAGGAGUCAUCAAUAUUUUGCCAGGAUACGGGCCAACGGCCGGGGCAGCAAUAGCUUCUCACGUUGGCAUAGACAAGAUUGCGUUCACAGGGUCUACUGAGGUUGGAAAGCUUAUCCAAGAAGCAGCUGGAAGAAGCAAUUUGAAGCGAGUAACCCUGGAACUUGGAGGGAAAAGUCCCAACAUUAUUUUUGCAGAUGCUGACUUGGACUAUGCCGUGGAGCAGGCUCACCAGGGUGUGUUCUUCAACCAAGGCCAGUGCUGCACUGCAGGAUCUCGAAUCUUUGUGGAGGAGUCCAUCUAUGAAGAAUUUGUGAGAAGAAGUGUGGAGCGGGCCAAGAGGCGCAUAGUGGGGAGUCCCUUUGACCCCACCACUGAGCAGGGACCCCAGAUUGACAAGAAACAGUACAACAAGAUCCUGGAGCUCAUCCAAAGCGGUGUGGCUGAGGGUGCCAAGCUUGAGUGCGGAGGCAAGGGGCUGGGCCGAAAGGGAUUCUUCAUUGAGCCCACAGUGUUUUCCAAUGUCACUGACGACAUGCGGAUUGCCAAGGAGGAGAUCUUUGGCCCUGUUCAGGAAAUUUUGAGGUUUAAGACUAUGGAUGAAGUUAUUGAAAGAGCCAACAACUCAGACUUCGGACUUGUAGCAGCUGUCUUUACUAACGACAUCAACAAGGCCCUCACAGUGUCUUCUGCAAUGCAAGCCGGGACUGUUUGGAUCAAUUGUUACAAUGCCUUAAAUGCCCAGAGCCCCUUUGGGGGAUUCAAGAUGUCUGGAAAUGGGAGAGAAAUGGGAGAAUUUGGUUUGCGAGAGUACUCUGAAGUUAAGACUGUGACAGUAAAGAUCCCCCAGAAGAACUCUUAA